AUGUCUGCAAAACCUAAGAAACAAUCAUGCAAGUUAAAGAAUGUAAUCAAAAGCGGCUGCGGCUGCGGAGAAUCGACGCAAGCGGUGGAGCCAAAACCUAAGCCGCCGGCGCCGCCGUCGUCAUCUCCGCCGCCUUCUUCAUCCUCCACGGCCGCCGCCAUGCAUGGUGGUGAAGAUGAUCGGAGGGAGGAGAUUUUGUGCCGGCAGAUGGUGAGCCGGAGCCCGAAGAUCUCCGGCAGCAUCGCCGUCGUUAAGGAAUCCGACGAUCCUUGCGGCGAUUUCCGGCAGUCGAUGCUUCAGAUGAUCCAGAAGAAGAGUAUCCAGUCGCAGGAGGAUCUGCAAGAGCUUCUCAAGUGUUUUCUGUUGAUGAAUCCUCCUUCCCUCCACGACAUCAUCGUACAAGCCUUCACCAACAUCCUCGACGAGACGACGACGACAACCUCGUCGGUCGCCGGUAAAUAUUAA